AUGAACAAUGUAAAGACAGCCAUGAUCGCGCUGUUCCCACAGUUGGGCUAUUAUGACCAGUGCUGCAGUGAACAUCACAGUACAGAUUUCUGGGGAGAUGUGAACAAAUGGGAACGGACGACAGAUCAAAGUAAGGAUAUAAAGUCCACCUUGAGGCGUGGGGGCGGGACGCGUCUCUGCCAUUCCACUCGCGCGCAAAGCGCCGAGAGCCCAGAGAGAGAGGAGCUGCGGAGGACUGAGCACAGCCGAGAGCAGACGAGCAGACGGGGGACGCGGCGAAGCCCGCAGACCUGGGCCGUGCGCCUGGCCAGGCCUGCUUUAAGUCUGGUCAGCUCUGCAAGAAAGAGAAAAGCAUUGAAGAGAGCAUCUCAAGAUCUCUGGAGGCCUGCUUUAAGUCUUGUCAGCUCUGUUAGAAAGAAAACAGUCAUCGAGGAGACUGUCUCGGAUCUCUGGAGGCCUGCUUUAAGUCUGGUCAGCUCUGCAAGAAAGAGAAAAGCAUUGAAGAGAGCAUCUCAAGAUCUCUGGAGGCCUGCUUUAAGUCUGGUCAGCUCUGCAAGAAAGAGAAAAGCAUUGAAGAGAGCAUCUCAAGAUCUCUGGAGGCCUGCUUUAAGUCUUGUCAGCUCUGUUAGAAAGAAAACAGUCAUCGAGGAGACUGUCUUGGAUCUCUGGAGGACUCCCUGCCGCCAGCUGUUGAUCUUAACACCACCUGGACAUAGAAGAGAGGAGGGAAUUGCACCACAUCGGUGAAGAUCACCUACAGUGGCUGCUUGGUGAUUCUGCGCUUGCUGCUGACCAGUGCAGUCAACAGGUCUGCGCCCACCUAGGACCUGUCCAUCUUCCUCCGGCUUGGUUUCACCUCUUCUGCACUGUAUCUGUGUUAUUGACUGAGAUUGUUCUUGGGUGGCAGCAAAGUUCUGCAGAUAGACAGUGGUGGUGGUCGCUUAUGUCACUGACUUGUACACUUUACAUUGAUUACAAUGACCACGCACUCUUAGAGAGCAAGACCCCUGUCUUCAGACUGGAAGCUUUGACCACUAAUCCAGCUAGCCCUCCAGCUGUCUUGAAGAGGCGUCGGGGCGGGACGCGUCUCUGCCAUUCCACUCGCGCGCAAAGCGCCGAGAGCCCAGAGAGAGAGGAGCUGCGGAGGACUGAGCACAGCCGAGAGCAGACGAGCAGACGGGGGACGCGGCGAAGCCCGCAGACCUGGGCCGUGCGCCUGGCCAG